CCAAGAGUCCUUCCCAUCCUCGCCUCUCUCCUACGGCCCUGACAGACAUCCUACUAAGACUCCUCUCCACACCUAUCAGCCCAAGAUGCGCCCCUUCUCCAGCCUCCUCGCCUUUGCACUCAUAGCAGCGCUGACCACUGCCCUCACUCAAGCACUUCCAGCCAACCCCACCCAGCCUCAGAAGCCCCUCGCCGUCGACGCCCUCGUCCCUCGCUUUGCUGCUAGCAUCCCCAUCUCUGAUGCACGAGCUCCAAAGCUCGAUGUACGACCAGACGUUCUCAGGCCUCGGGCUACGGAGGCGCUCAGCGUUCCUGUCAACGACCGGGGUGAGGUCGUCAGUCUCACUGGCGAGAGCGCGGACCUUGCUGAGCGAAAGGAACAUAGCGUGAUCUGCGAUGCAAGGCACCUUUACAAGCGCCUACUAGCCCUCAAGCUCAAGAUUGCCCUGAUCAAGGUCCGCAUCCAGGCCUACUUCUCCGGCGAGGUUUCUACCCACAAGAUCAUCAAGGAGCUUCACGCCGUCAUUCACGAGAUCAAGGAGACUACUGCCAUACUCAAGAUCUACCAGUCCCGAGGCGUCUUCUUCGACUACGCAGUGACUGCAGAGUUCGGUGUUGGCUUCAAGGUCCUCAUGGAUGACAUCUUCAUCGGCUUGCACGACAUCUGCGCGUACGUCUCUGCCUCGGACCUCGCCAUCGAUGGAGUCCUCUUGACUACCCUGAACGAUCUCGUCUACCACACUUCAGAGUUUUUGAGCAUCUUUGGCUGUGUAGUCCUCGGAUUCUUCAACUACAUUUGGGCACCCCUGGCCGGCUUCUUCCAUGUCUGCAUCAGUCUUGGACUCAACUUGAGCCCAUGCGAGCCCCUUCUCUCACCUAUUGGUCUCGGAGGACUCAUCUGGGGCCACCUCUGAAGGAAUCGCUUAUGCGAGUGAGAUACGAGCCGCGGCCACUAUCGUCAACUCCAACGAUGGCCCACGCCGCUGUCCGCUCUCAGCUUCCACCGUCUCCCCUUCCCCCUGUCACUGUACUUUGUUCGCGAUGGGCACGCUCUCAGCGGCCCUCUACGCGCCACCCAAGCGACCGUCGUUCCUGUCAUUGUCAUCAGCACCUCGUCCCCGUCGUUGUACCUCUCGCUCGCCAUUGAAC